GCCAGCUUUCCCUGUCGCGCACGUGCAAAGCCAAAGGCCAAGAAUUAGAAGAAAGUAGGGCUUGCAAGAAGUGCGAAAGCAGAUUUGUCAGGUCUGAAGAGAGAGGUGCUGCUUUGUCGCUCACGAGCCUCAGCCCUUGACCUUCUUUACUAGCUUAUCUUGUUUUAGCAUUUCGUCGGUUUGAAGAUUCGCGAUGUGGACUUGUGCCUCCAUUCUUUGCCUGGGGGCCUUCGUCGCCAUGGCCAAUGGACAAAAGAUCCCGACACCCCCAUCCCGAUACUCAGUAAGUGGAACCAUCCAGCUUCCGUAUGCAGAGAUCUCAGAGCCGUUCACGGCCUAUGUUGAUGCUGCUGGCGAUAAGAGUGUGGUGAGCGUGUACGAUGGCUUGGAUAUUGUAUACCAGUUGGGAGACUCAGGGUCGCAUGGAAUCAUUGCUAAAAUCGUGUACGAGACUACAGAGCAAUAUCUGAACAAGCGCAGAUGCUUCCAAUCGAACGGGACUGCCGACUCACCCACACACUUUCAACCUCUGUUACCUCGCCACCCGGAGAACUUUAAAUUCUUGCGCAGUGAGUUUCAUGAAACUGGCCGAAUCUACGAUCUGUUCGAAUACACAUUCACGCAGGGCAUGAAGACGAACACGUAUCGUUUCACCACCCUGUCAACGAACGGCGAGUUUGUACCCAUUCUCUUCCACUAUCUGGGCUUCAACACAUUGUUUGGCUCUCACUAUGACGAGUACAUCGUGAACUACACAUCCUUCACGAGCUAUCAGGGUAAGGAAUUCCCAGUGGAUACGUUCAAUCCCCAUAGUAGAAUCGAAGACUGCACUGGGUUCCCGGGCCCCGGCCUCAGCCAUUCACCGAGCGUUUUCAGCCGUGUGCACAGCAUGGUCGAGCCUGAGACUGACGAGAUCGACGAGUCGUUCGGCGAUUUCAAGGCCAAGCAUGGCAAAGUGUACACCAGCGACAAGGAGCACUUUGAACGCUCUCGCAUCUAUCGUGCCAACCAUCACUACGUCGAGUCAAUGAACCGUCGCAAGUUGUCCUUCCGUUUGAAACUGAACCACCUUGCUGACUUGACGCCAGUUGAGCGCAAGGUGAUGCGUGGCCUGAAGCGCAGUGCUGAGAGUAUCUCACCUCCUGGGUCGAAGCCAUUCCAAGCAGUGAACACUGUCGCUUCCAUUCCCAAAGCGUAUGACUGGAGAAUCUACGGCGCUGUCACUCCGGUGAAGGACCAAGCCAUCUGCGGGUCAUGCUGGUCGUUCAGUACCACUGGUGUCAUCGAGGGUGCAUACUUCCUGAAGGAAAACAAGCAGGUGUUGCUCAGCCAGCAGAACCUGAUGGAUUGUACGUGGGGAGAGGGCAACAAUGCGUGCGACGGUGGUGAGCAGUUCCGUGCCUUCAAUUGGAUGCUGAACAAGUCCGGUAUUGCCCUGGCUGAAGCCUAUGGACCUUACUUGAUGGCUGAUGGGAGGUGCAAGUCGCCCACGCGUCGCGUCUACAUCAGUUCCUACCACCAUACCAAGCCGUCCAACGAGAGCGACUUGAUCCUGGCUCUGCUUGAGCAGCCAGUUGCUGUCAACAUCGAUGCAUCUCAUCAGUCGUUUGGCUUCUAUUCGCAGGGUGUGUACUAUGAACCCAAGUGUGGUAACAAGUCAAUGCAGUUGGACCAUGCUGUCUUGGCCGUCGGCUUCGGCACCCUCGACAAUGAGGACUAUUGGAUCGUCAAGAACUCCUGGUCGACUCACUGGGGAAACGAUGGAUACGUGUUGAUGAGCCGCAAGGACAACAACUGCGGUGUUGCCACCGAUGCCACUCUGGUGCAUAUGUAAGCAGCUCGCAUUUUUGAUUUUUUUAUUCAAAGAGCAUCGCAAGAAUGGUAUUUUAGUGUACAUUGUAGGCUGGUCGAUUCUUUUCUUCUUCUUUUUACUGUUCUUCUUUCAACGAUCAUCAUUAUGGCUAGUCUAGUGUCCCAGGUGAUGCACUUUUGCUGUUCAGAAUAAUUUGCAGCGCUAUUGCAGCUAUGCUGCGUUGUGAGGAGAUGGUAGCAGCUAGGAUAUCAGCUUUGAUCUUUGACUUAUACUUGAUGCUGUCUUGUGUCAACAGCAGCAUUUCCUUUA